AUGGUAGAUCUUCAAAACAGGCCUGCAGCGUCUCCGACUCGGGAGUCGCCAGGCAUUGCUCAUCGGCCAGCAGCGCUCCCACAGUUUCGUUUCAACCCUGGCGCAACCUUGCCUACUGAUCCUGAAUCCAUGACAGUCCUCAGCCCCCCAGUCACACCAAACUCAGGCAGGGCCUUCCCUUCACCGUUACGACCGCCCGGGCAUGGACACCGACGUGGAGGAAGUGAGUUUGUGGGAGGUAGUAUCCGAGAUGGUAGUUCUAUUGCUAUCGUGAGCACCAGCCCAACCAAGUCGGAGAGUGGUUUCCCUUCACCCGGACUUCAUCCGCCACGAAGAGGCCAUCGACGUGGCGUCUCUGGCACCAUUUCUACAAACGAGCUUCCUGUUCUCCGUCCGCAGGCCGAAUUUUUGAGACCAAAGGGAAGCAGUGCACCGAAUAGCCCGACUGCAUUCAAUCUAAAUGAAGGUCCUCUUGUGUCUAUAGACCACCAACCUCCACUGCCUGAGCCUGCCAAUCCCAUUGCAGCCCAGCACUUCAACACGACCAAGGAGAACACAAUGAGCAACCACUCCGUAACCUUAUUGGCUUCCCCGUUAAGACCGGAUGCCACCCCGACGCAGUCGCGGCCUGGGAGGGCUCGAGUCGGAUUCUCGGACACUCUGGAAUUUAUUCCCCGGCCCCUGUCACUGGUCUCAAGCGACACAUCAAGUACUAUGACAGCUCGCCCGGGACAUUCCGUGUCAGGCAGCAUAUCUUCUCUCGUUUCUGCUGCGUCUCCCGGGGGACGCGAGAGUCCCGCAUCUCUCGCUCGAAUUCCCACCCGUGAAAUUGUCGACUCUAGGCCAAGCACGGCCGGUGCCGUUUUGGAAGGCACUACCGAUUUCAAGGCUGCAACUGGAGCAGCCAGUACCUCUCCUAGACGGCGAAACUCUAUUCCGACACUGUCAAAUGUGGCCAACUCGCAGCCCGUCAGCGCAACGCCCCCAAGUCCAACAAAGACGUCCAAGAGGUGGUCUUUUUUCGGCUUAGAACCUUUCAUGGGAUCCACAUCAUCGUCCAAAUAUCGGUCAUCCAGCUCUAGCUCCUCAGAGUCUGUAUCAAGGGCUGUGCCUGGAGGGCUGUCAUCCGAUUAUGAAUCUUGCUCUUCGGGUGAUGAAGGUACUGCUAGGGACAGCUCUACUAGUCCUUCAAAACAGGACCACAAAAAAGCCAGCAAGAAGAGGAGAGUUAAGGGCUGGGCUGGAUCAAUACUUCCUCUUCGGAACAAUAGAAAACGAUCAAAGAUACACGUAAUGCGCCCGCCAACGCCUCCGGCUUCGGUAGGUCCAGUUGCGGAUGAUAAGGACGGGCGUGAGGACUGCGACCCCGAACAAAACGAAAUAGCAUCCGCACUGGCACCUCCUAUAGUCACAGUUACCGAAUCACCACCUCUUGAAGAACCAACUGGCCCUACACGACAGUCUGAGGAAGAGAGUUUGUACCCUAUGAUUGAUCUGGAUGCAGCUCUUGGUCCUUUCAAUACGCCGUUGCCUCGCAAUCCGGAGUGGGACGCAGCACAGCGAGCCGCUGGCAAUGUCAACAAGCGACGACUACACAGCGCACAAGGUUUAAAAGGGUUUAGUGGACCUGGUAUGCACUAUCAUCGUCGAACAGAAUCAGCACCGGAUCUGCCGCCAUUUGAUCCUGGCCGCGCUGGUAUCCAUCGGUUUGGCAGCAGCUCAACAAUGGCAGAUGUAUUUGAAGAAGAGGAGGAUGAGGAAGAGGAAGAGGAAGCGGGUGAGGAUAGUUCAGGGCAUGCCGAAGCUGCCUCGAACGAUGCCAGAAACCGGAAGAGUGACGAGUCAGACGGGGCGAUGACGCCACCCGCAACAGAGCUUAUUCCAGAGCCUUUGAUUCCAGGUGAGAUGGCCGCUGCUGCAACUCUCCGUAAAGCAAACUGCGGGACUUGCAAUACCGACCACUCGGCUUCUGUUCAUGCUGUCCGCACGGAGUGUUCUAGAACUUCACUGCACGAAGAAGUCAUCAAUGAAGAGCCUACGUUCAGCACUUGCCGUUGUGGUGCGGUCUUUUCGAGCUUAACAGCUGAUCAACAUGGUUCCCCUGCAUCUUCUCCAAGAAUCCCACCUGGACAUCGAGAUUUGUCGAUAGUUGAUCUAAAUCAAGCAACGCCUACCAGUCCAUACUCGACAAGCCAUGCCUCAUCGUAUCCCUCACCAAGAUCGCCAAUGUCCAUGGACGCCCAGCGAAUCUCUACUGCCCCCUCGUCCGUCACAGAUGAGAACAGCUUCCAUUCGUUGCUCAUGGGUGAACCUGGUCCUGAAGUGCGGAUUUCGGUUGACUACGACAUUCCGUCAUUGACCUCCAGCAACUCGACAAUGACUCGGGACAGCACCUUCGUACCUAGCGCGCGCAUGUCACAACCAAGCCUUCGGGAGCAACGCCCGUCGUCGGUUUCUUCAGCAGCUUUUGGACGCAGGCGGUCAAGUCUUGUGUCACUGAGUCGACUCAUCAGUAGCUCGCACGGCGAGAGGAGCAAACUUUCCAUGGAAGUAACCUUGGAUAAUGAAGCAGAAGGCAAUAGAAGUCGGUCAAAGGGCAGCAAGACAAGAAGGCUUGGUCGCAUGAUGCAAUUCUGGAAGCCGAGCAAGGAGCCAAGCCCAACCUGA